AUGUCUCAAACUCCCUUGAUCAUGAUGGUCUUCAGAGACCGCCGUCGUCUCACCGCCCGUCCAGAAACCUACCCUCAACUCAUGAAUGACGCUCGGAAUGCCUUUAGGGCAAAGCGAGCGGUCGAGGACGGUUGGGUCCUUCGCUUGGAGCCAAAGGCUGCUCCGAUCAUCAAGCUCGAGGAUAAACCUCAGGAGGCGCCCAAGCGGAAACGAGCGUGCUCUGGUGACAUCGCCGGAUCAGCCCUGAUGGUCAUUAAUGUCAAUGUCAGGACUUUGACUGGCGAAACCUUUUCGUUGAGGAUCUCACCAGCCGCCACCGUCUAA